UGUCCCGUCAUUCUCAGAUAAAACGUUGAUCCUGUUUCAGACGGCUCCAUUUCUCUAGAGACGUUGCAGAGGCAGCAUGUUAUGAAAGGAAGAUUAUUGGACCAAAGCAGAGCAACACAUGGUUCCAGGUUGAGGUCAGGAUGGGGAACACCUCACCCAGGGUUCUGGUCUCACUCUUGCUGAACACACUGCUCUGCUGUGGACAAACUCUCGAUCCUGUUCUGACUGUUGAACCCAACUGGUCGACUUUUUAUGUUGGAGAGUUUGUUACAUUUAUCUGUGACAUGAAUGAAGGAAGAGACACUGACUGUCAAUACCGGUUAAUAAGGAAUGGUCAAGAAUUUGAUCGCUUUCAGUCAGAUAAACGUUUCAGAGUUGGUCCUCUGUAUACUGGUGAUAGUGGUGAAUUUCAGUGCUGUCGUCAAUGGAGGGUUUCACCUGACGAAAAUUGCAGUAAAACUGUCCCUGUUACUGUCUCAGAUAAACCCAGAGCCAAACUGGCAGCAGGUUCAUCAACCAUACCAGUAGGGGGCAGUGUGACACUGAGCUGCUCAGUGAAGCCCUCUGCUGGAUGGAAGUACAGAUGGUUCAGACGGACCUCAGACACUUCUUUUGUUGAAUUCAGCAGAAAUAAUGAAGAAAACAGAGAAAUCACUGUGACACAAAGAGGAAUCUAUAAGUGUGAUGGAAAGAGAGGAAAUCCCUCAUUCUACAGUCAUUCAAGCCUUGAGAACAUCAUUGAAAUAAUGUUUUCCAACAAGGUUUUUGUGACUCGACGACCAAUCUGGCCUCAGAUGUUCAGUGGUGAGUCGAUCACUCUGACAUGUGAGGUCCAGGGAGGAGAAACCACUGAGUGGACGUGUGAAUGGAAGAAAUCUGGGUCAAUAAUACACAAGACAGACAGUAAAGACUGGACUUUCAAUGUCUCUGAGUCCAGCAGUGGAAACUACAUGUGUCAGUGUAGAAGCAGAGAUGACUGGUAUUCUUCAACACAGUGGAGUGAAACCAUCAGACUCUCUGUAUCAAAUAAACCUGGAGCCAAACUGACAGCAGGUUCAACAACCAUACCAGUAGGGGGCAGUGUGACACUGAGCUGCUCAGUGGAGCCCUCUGCUGGAUGGAAGUACAGAUGGUUCAGACGGACCUCAGAUUCUUCUUUUGUUGAAAUCGGCAGAAAUAAUGAAGAAAACAGAGAAAUCACUGUGACACAAGGAGGAAUCUAUAAGUGUGAUGGAAAGAGAGGAAAUCCCUCAUUCUACAGUCAUUCAAGCCAUGAGAACAUCAUUGAAAUAAUGUUUUCCAACAAGGUUUUUGUGACUCGACAACCAAACUGGCCUCAUAUCUUCAGUGGUGAGUCGAUCACUCUGACAUGUGAGGUCCAGGGAGGAGAAACCACUGAGUGGACGUGUGACUGGAGGAGAUCUGGGUCAAUAAUACACUGGACAGACAGUAAAGACUGGACUUUCAAUGUCUCUGAGUCCAGCAGUGGAAACUACAUGUGUCAGUGUAGAAGCAGAGAUGACUGGUAUUCUUCAACACAGUGGAGUGAAACCAUAACAGUAACUGUAUCCAGUCCUGUCAUCUCUUCAUUUCCUGUGAUGUUGAUCGUUGGACCAGUUAGUGGAAUCGUUCUCAUUGUCCUCCUGCUCUUGUUGUGGCGCUGCAGACGGUCCAAAGAUUUGAGCUGCAUCAGGUCAUUUCAGUCUGAAAGCAGCAGCCAGAGGCCGACCACUAAUCAUGGAGUGAACCAGACUGAAAGUGAUUACAGCUUUCUGCUGCAUGGCACCACGUCUGUGUAUGAGACAAUCCAUAACCGUGGAGCCACUGGAAAAGAGAGACCUCCUGAUCCAGAAGAAGGUUCUGUUUACGUUAAUGUGAGACCAGAUAAUUUCAGCUCAGCAUGAAGGUCAGAUAAACACCUGAUUGAUUAGAUUGUUACUGAUCAUUUUUUCUUCAAUUAGGAAAAUUUGCUGCCACAUUCAGCAGUUCUAAUAAGAUUUCUGUUGUUUAGUUGUGAUUUCAUGAUUUUAUCUCAUCUGUCUGUUUUUUUUUUACAGAACUUUCUUAUUCUGCCAAAGAUAACAUGAUGUUUUUUAAUUAAACUAUAAUGUGGCUCCAGUUUCUGUCUUGGACUCUGGUUUAGGCUAAAUAAUAUCAUCUUUCAUUUCAUGUCUUUAUUGUCGGGUGGGUAUAUUUUACUUUUUUAAAGCAGAUGUAGCAGGUUGAGAAACAGUUUAAAAAAUAAUAAUAAUAAUUAAUACACGCCUUAUUUUUGAAUCAGAAUUGGUCUUGUCUUUUGUCUUCGUUUUUUUCUAUUUUUUCUUCUUAUGUAUAUAGACGUGUUUGUUGUGUGCAUGUAUCUUCUUGCCAGUGGGGGCGCUCUCAUGCCGCUGUGUGUCUAACAGGGAGGACGAGUUUCCUGGCUCUGCGCAUGCGCGGCUCAGAAUAAACAAGCUCUUGCCAGAGUAACAUUGUAUCAAUUUGCUUCCUCUGAUCCACAGGUAGGAUAAAAGACAACUCUUAUAAGGCCAUAAAAAAGCUUCUUUAAAAUGUUCUGUAAAUAUAUUGAGAGUAGUUUUAAAGUGUUUCGUGUAACUUGUGUUUGUGAUUUGGACAAAUUUUUACUGGGUUUUGAUCUCCGUCUGUAGAUUGUUGUUGUUGGAGCCUUUGUGAUUUUGGAUUUGUUUAAAUUACUUCAUUAGUCACUGUUAUAGGCGCCAUUGCCAUGUUGGUAUUUGGGUAAUGUUCGGUAUAAUAUUUUUUUUACUCAUAAAUUUGUAUUUUUAUGCGACAAACUUAAACUCCUUGAUAUCUGUGACAGUUAUAACUAGCAGACAUUAGUAUUUAAGAGAAUAUUUGUAUCUGACUAACGUUGGUGUUUAUUGUGUUGUAAACUGAAUGUUUUGUUCAGUUUGGUUUUGCUAAUUUAGGAUUAGAUUUUCUUCAUUUUUUUGCUAUUACGUUAUUUUAUUUGUACAUUUUGUUUUAUUUUAUUUCUUUGUGGAAACUAAAGAUGUUGUUGAUUGAAUUUGAAUUGUAUUGAAAUUGUAUUUUUUUUUAUUUGUUUGUUUGUUUUUCUUGAAUUGAAAAUGUGUGUCAGAAUAAACGAUCUCUUGCCAGAGUAA